CGUCGCAGUUGGAUUAGUUCAUUAAGGGAUUUCAAAUUAUUUUCAGAAACUCAAAAUGAAGGAACAAAUUUUUAUAAUUAUUCUGAUAGCAACGAUUUGUUUGGCACAUCCCGAUCAACUGAAACAGCAAAGAUACGAAUUUCAAGAAUUUCAUACAAGUUCAUCACAUGAUAAAAUUGCAAGUUUCCCGGAAAAUGGGAGGCUUCAGGUUGCUCCAGUUCCAGUACAACAUAAACCUAUUCUUUGGUCACAGCAACAUCAAAAUGAAGUGAAUGCAUUUGCCGAAAUGUUCCGUCAGAAAUAUAAUCAAAUGAUAAAUCAGUACAAUAGAAUGAUGCAAAUGCACCAUCAUUCAUUGAUAAAUCCGUUCAUGCCAGUUGCUUAUGAACUAUACCAUGUCCCCGAUGAAGUUAUGUGGAAAAAUUACUUUGGGAAACAACAGCAAUACGUUCAUGACCAAACCGAGCAAAUGUCUCGACAAUUAAUCCAGGAUCUAGAAAAAGGUCGAGUAUCGCCUCAGGAUCUGAUGAAUCCGAAUUUUUUUGUAGCCCAAGCAGCAAGUGAAUUGAAUAGAGUUCAUCAAGUACAAAAUGAGUUCGAAACCAACGACGAGCAAGUUGCCAAUAGCUUUGGAGAUACUUAUCAACAGCAUCAAUUUGAUACUAUUAACGCUCAGCAACAACAACAGCAUCAAAUAUUUGCCGAAUCUACCCAUCAUCAAGAAACCGAGGGUAAAGAUCAGGUUCUGGUGUACAACCAAAAAACAGGAGAAUAUCAAUAUGUAACUACAGUGGCCGCUCCAGAAGUGCCUCCUCAUGAAGAGCUGGCAGGUGCUAUGAUCAGCAAUGCAAACAUGCAACGUCUUUCGUCUGUUAGAUUCAAUAACGAAAUGUUAAACAAAUUCAGCCAAGAAGUUACAAACAUUGAAAUUAACACACCAGUAUCAGUGGAAACGCCAAGAUUAUCUGAACAACAUUUUAAUAAGGGAGUAGACAUAUCGACUUACAAGCCACUGGAAACCACAGAAGAUGAAUUUUAUCGCAGUACCUACGAUCAGCAACCGAUAUAUGAUUUGCGAUUCGUGGAAAGCGUAUCGUCCACUGCGAGGCCAUCUAAGGUUAACGUAAUGUCACUCGUUCGAAAUAAAGCCAAAGUUAAAAUUUCAUCAACAACUAGCGAACCAUUUCAGACUAACAUCAUUACAACAGAUCUACCAACUACAGAAAGUAGCAUUAUGUCGAUGUUACCUAACAAGAAGACAUCCUACAACUAUACAGACAUAUACCAUAAAGUUCGAGCUGAAUUAAACAGACAAAUGAAACAGAUUCCCGAUAAUAAAAGCGAAGAAACACAUUUUAUGGGUAUGACUAGUAACAUUGACCAUGUAAAGCUAUCAUAUGAGACUAUACAAGAUGGAAAAGAUCAUAAAGAAUCUCGUGGAGAUCAACCAAGCAAAACUGAUGAUUAUAUUUCUGAAGAAUAUGUAGAGUCUGAACUGGUUGUUCCAACAACUUCCAUUGAACCGUCUUCUACUCCUUCACCUAUUUCAUCAACUGUCAAACCAAUUCGAGGCUAUCAGAAUCCAUUCGGAACUGCUUCUUUAGCUCUGUUUACAACGACGACCAUUAAAUCACCAAAUCCAUAUUACACAGCACCGUUGGCUCCUUUCCCUGAUGAUAUAUUUAAGGAACCACAAGUCACCGCACAAUCACAGGUAGAGCACUCUGAGCUUUCCGAUAUAAAUCAGGAGCUGCAAGUUAUAGAUCACCCGAAUGGUAGCCACUUUGUCGUAGAGGAUACAAGUCAAGUGUUUAAUGAAUACGAUGACAUCAUUCUGGAAAAUUCUGAGUUGCAAAUAUCCCAUCAUAUGCAGCAAUAUGAAGAUCUCCAGCAACGAUACAUUGGAGGUGAACAUAACAUGGGAGGACAGAGGUACGAAAAACAGUUACCUCCUGAACAAUCAUAUCGAAAUCCGGAUAAGCAUUAUGUUGCUGUGCUGGGCCAGAAUAAUGAUAUGCCAGCUCAUGUGAAGGAAAUCACAGAAGCUCCUGCUCUAAUUGAUGAUAGGACGCAGAAGAAUAACUGGUUUCAACGGCAGUUUUCUAAGCUAAAAAAUGUAUUUUAAGCAACAAAUAUUGAAGGGGAUGAUAAUUUUAAAGCUAUCAAUGAUUAACAAACUAACUUUAUAUGAAAUUUUUUGUGAACAAUUUUGACGCAGAUGUCGCAAUAUUGGAGCUAUGUUUAAUUUCUUUAACUAUAGAGAGUUUUUGGAAAACCAGUUAUCACUAAAAUAUAAGGAUUGUUGACUGUUAAAGCUUAUUCGAAUUUCUUACGUUAAAUCUCUUCGAAAAAGGGCUCCUGAAUAUUAUAUCUUGUAAUCUUGACCGUUCAGGAAGUUUCCGUCUUAAGAGAAGUUGUUCAAAUGAGCUGGGCCUUCUAAAUGGUGGACAGAUUAGUUUAAAAAUUCUCUAACUACAUGAAGCUAGUAUGCAUAUGAAUUUCCUGAACUUACGUCUAACAAUCAAAAGACCUUGACUUACUGAACAACUUUUCACAAGCCAGUACCUUUCUAUACAGUAAACCAAUUUACCCAAACCCCAUAUGCUAAGACCCUUUUGCGAGGUCCCUAUUAAGCGUGUCAUUCGAUGGUAAUGCUAUAGGCAGGGAAGGAUCCAUCUCAGAGCAUGAGCAUGAUUGACCACCCACGUUGCUACUCUGUUAUUGCCCGAUCAGCUGUAAUUACAAAGAGAACCAAUAGACGAUGAUUGGGUCUCAAUGUGUAAAAACUAAUGAUUUCAAACUAGGCAAUACCUGUGCCAGCCGCAUCCGACCGCAUGUCAAGCAAGGAAUUGGUAGGAAUGUGUUGACGUGACACUGGCUUUGAUGGAAACCGAGAACGAAGAAUCACUGGGAUAUUGGGUAAGUGGGUUGGGAUUGCAGCAGGGUUCGUUUUGGUUAACGAUAAGCUGAAUUGAUGUCCUACCGAUCAUAUAACGCAAAGGAGCUUGGGAUUGAAUCCAGUAAGCAAAAAAUUUUGCCUGGUGGCACUAGCACUAGCUUUUUAAUCGUCGAAUUGUUGUUAUUACCAUGUAGUCAUGUUAACAAAUAAAGCGAUUGACGAAUCUUGAAUGUUGAUGGGCCCGAGAUUAGACUCAUGAUGUUCUGCUCAGUAAGCAAAAACGAUCGCUUUAAGGUCACCAAGCCCCUUUACUCGAGUUGUUGUAACCAUUCAAACCCGGCACCGGCGACGACAAGUUUCGCAAAAUAAACGAUAAACAAUCGAUCAACUAAAUAUCUUCAAAAUGAAAGGACCUGGCACCGCGUUUUUCUGCUCAGUAAGCAAGACACUGCAAACGACGAUCUUUCAAAUCAGAAAACUAAAAGCUACGAAAAAGCACUUCGGCCUUCAUUAAAUUCCACUUUCACUCGAAGUUCAAUGUUUAGAUUUGCUCUUCACGCAUUGUUCAGGCUAUCGUGUCUAUUACAUCAUAACAGGCUAUAGCAGCACCGGUGGUGUAGUGGUAAGCGUUAUUGCCUCCCACUUCAACAGGCCUUGGUUCAAUCCCAGUCGGCGCCGCCGGAAUGUGCUGAGGCAUAACAUCUCUUAUCACGCCUUCCUUCGGAAGGGACGUAAAUCCGUUGGUCCCCGGUUCAUGAGUUGAUGGGUCGAUAGGUAGGGUCCAGGUGUGUCGGUGGCAUUGGUGCUCAGCACGGAAAACAAGAUCGACAGAAAACAAAUCAAGGAAAAAAUCAUAACAGGCCAACGUAACGAUUGUUAAGGUGAUGAUUAAACAAGAUUUUAAAGUGAAAUUAGGUUCUCGAAAGCAGUCAAUAAUAUAUCCCA